AUGGGCCUCAACGGCAACGUCAAAGACAUGCUCACCGCUUCCAAUGCGAAGAAAGGAUUAACGCUGGGCGCAAGCAUAUAUAAUAAUCCUGUCGGAUUAGCUCAUCCGGUGAAUCUUGUCAAGAACGUCGUGAAAGAUGUUAUUGGGCCAGUUGGUAAAGUGGUCAUUGGAGUUAUCGGUUUCUUCGGUGGCUUUUUUGGCGGACUAUUUGGCGGCGGAGGACCAUCGAUUCCAGAUAUUCUCAACCCAGUAAUUCAAAGAAAGGAGGCUUUUGACAAAAUAGUAUCUGGUGAUAUUAAAGGAGGACUAGAGCAGCUCAAAAACUUCGCUGGUACUCAAGAAGAGUAUAAGGAGAUGAUUGACAAGUUUAAAGGUGGGGGGACAUGA